AUCGCCUGCAUUUCUCUCCUGUUUCUCUAUGCGAAGUUAAAACCUUUAAAAUUUUAACUUUUUAUAAUCAAGCGUCUUUGAUACAUUUCAUGCAGAACUGUAUCCAGCCGAACCGUAGGAAACUACUUCAUUGAUCACCACCCCCUUCAUAAAUACUCCGUGAUUUAUCAUUUCUGCAUGAGUUUACUCCCAGUUUUCCUCUUCUCUCUCUCUCUCUAAUACUCUAUCUCUCCUACCACAACUCUAUACUUCCUAACUUUCUCUCUCUGCAUAAUGUCUCCGGCGUCUUCUCUCGAGGUCAUCGCCGAUCGUUCCGAUCUGUUACUGGGAAACCUUCCGUCGGAGGAAACAGAAAUUCCGGAAACUGUCGCCGAUGCGUGGAAGAAUAUCGUCCGCGACGUUUCGACUACUCGCUCCGAUCUCGGUAUCUCAGCUGACACGGUGGAGAAUACCGGAAAACUUCGCAAGGACAACGUGAAAUUGAGCGUAAAUGUGGUGUUCCCCAGCAGUUCCAACGGUGGAACGGCAGACAGCGGAGAGUCGGAGGUGGUGGCUAAUACUAGUGGAGGUAAGACGACGUCGGUUCUGAAACCAUCGCCUAGCGUGGGGAUGAGUCUGGAGAAUCAUAUGGAUUCGCCGAUCGGAAACGGUGGCGGGGAAAAUGGCUCCGCUGCGUCAAUGAUCGAGGAGGCGUGGGAACUGCUCAGCAAAUCAUACGUUUACUUCAAAGGACAGCGUGUUGGUACAAUUGCAGCCAAUGAUGAUCCAGGAAGCGAGACCUUGAACUACAAUCAGGUAUUUGUGAGAGACUUUGUUCCUUCUGGGUUGGCUUGCCUGAUGAGAAAUGAUGCUGAUGUAGAGAUAGUGAAAAAUUUUCUGCUGAAGACCCUCCACCUCCAGGGAUGGGAGAAGAGGAUAGAUAACUUUACACUUGGAGAAGGUGUUAUGCCUGCCAGUUUCAAGGUUAUCCAAGACCCUAUCCGGCAGAAGGAGGUUUUACAAGCAGACUUUGGAGGCAGUGCGAUUGGAAGAGUUGCACCCGUGGAUUCUGGGUUCUGGUGGAUUAUAUUGCUGCGUUCAUAUACUAAAUGCACACACGAUUACUCUCUCUCAGAGCUACCUGAAGUCCAGAGAGGAAUCAAAUUAAUACUUAACCUGUGUCUAUCGGAUGGAUUUGAUACAUUUCCUACACUCUUAUGUGCAGAUGGAUGCAGCAUGAUCGACAGGCGGAUGGGGGUUUAUGGUUAUCCAAUUGAGAUCCAGGCACUCUUCUUUUUUGCUCUGAGGUGUGCGAGACAAUUGCUUAAACCAGAGCAUGAUGGUAAGGAGUUGAUUGAGCGUAUUGAUAAACGGAUUACUGCUCUGAGUUACCAUAUGCAAAAUUACUACUGGCUUGACUUCACUCAACUGAACAACAUAUAUCGCUACAAAACUGAGGAAUAUUCUCACACUGCUGUCAACAAAUUCAAUGUCAUUCCUGAAUCCAUCCCAGACUGGGUGUUCGAAUUCAUGCCACUGAGGGGUGGGUAUUUCAUUGGCAAUGUAAGCCCAGCUCGCAUGGAUUUUAGGUGGUUCUUGGUUGGAAACUGCAUUGCUAUUUUGAGCUGUUUAGCUACACCAGCACAGGCUACAGCAGUUAUGGAUUUGAUUGAGGAGCGUUGGACAGACUUGAUUGGGGAGAUGCCCCUGAAAAUUGCAUAUCCAGCACUUGAAGGACAUGAAUGGAAGAAUGUAACCGGCUGUGAUCCAAAGAACACGAGAUGGAGUUAUCACAAUGGUGGUUCUUGGCCAGUUCUUUUGUGGCUACUCACAGCUGCAAGCAUAAAGACUGGAAGGCCUCAAAUUGCUAAGAGAGCGAUAGAGUUGAUUGAACAACGUCUCUCAAAAGAUGGAUGGCCCGAAUACUAUGAUGGAAUCACAGGGCGGUACAUUGGAAAGCAGGCGAGGAAGCACCAAACAUGGUCGAUUGCAGGAUAUCUGGUCGCAAAGCUUAUGAUAGAGAACCCAUCCAAUCUGCUCAUCAUAUCUCUUGAAGAGGACAAGAAGAUUGCAAAGCCAAGGCUCACCCGCUCUGCCUCAUGGACCUACUAGCUUGCUACUCAAGAUAAUCAUACACUGCCUUCAAAAAUGGUACAAACUCUAGAAACAUGUGGCUCUUCUCAUGUUUCUUCAAUAAAAGAUAAUCUUUAGUUGCAUAAGAUGGAAAUUAGACCAACUAUGAAAUUCCAUUAAUUACUGCUUGCUUCAGUUGAAAAUGUAAAUUCAUACUAUUUGUUAAUAUACUCCAUAAUAGGCUACAAGUGCUGGAUCUGUUCUUUUUAAGUAGUGUGAUUAAUUCUCCGAUCAUAAACAGCUCAUGUGGCAUUCAGUCCCAGCUUUUCAAUGAUUAUACUCAUAAACAAGUUGAGGCUUUUGAUGUAGGAGUAGUAUUUAAUUCUCAGCUCUCGACUUUAUUUUAUUUCUAGUGACGCUUUGAUCUAGCCAAACCGUGUGCUUUUACUCAGAAUUACUUAAAACGCCUUUGCUUCCUUUCCAGCUAAGGCAUUUGAAAAACAAAACCGGCCGUUACAAGGCACGGAAUAUUAUUAGCCCUUGAGUUACUCCUCUUGAUAUAUAUCCAUCGCCUAAAAAAGAAGAGAAAUCCUUUGUUGAUGAAGUGCGAGAAGGUGGCGAGCUGGGUGGGGGCGAGCGUGGCUGCGGCCUUCUUCUCGUCUCUGGAGAAGUGUUCGUGUAUUAACAUAUCAACGCUGGACUUCGACGUCGACGAGGAGGCCGACGAUCGCCCCCUUAUGUUUACCAAAUUCCCUUCCGAAGCCUCCUCCCACCACCGCAUUUCCAUCGAUAAGCUCCAUUACCCUAUAACUAUUCCUAUGCCUCUUUGAUGCAUCUAAUUAUACAUGCCUGUGUAUCAUAAUUAAAUUACGUUACUAUAUGUUGUUUAUUUAUUAGUCUGCAAAAUUGGGCUCUGUAAUAAUUCGACAAUGGUUUGAUCAUGUAGCGUAAAACUUUCAGUUUUA